UUGAGCCUUCCUAUCAAGUAAAAAGGCGUCGGAUGCUACACUUUGAGUCUGAAGUCCUGGAUGCGCCUCUUUGCGAUGAUGAGAUCUUUUUAAGAUCUAAGGAGACACAGGAUUCCCUUGAUGAUACUUUCUCUGAAAUUUCAGAGUGGGUUGCUGGAUUUUCAGAAGGCACUUCUGCAUCCAGCAAUGAGUACUUGGACCCAUCAUCUGAAGGAUGGAUUGUUGAUUGCUUUAAUGAGGCUGAGAUGCAUGUCACAACUGAAGAAAUGAUGCCCGGAUCAUCUGAUGUUCAAGUCGAUAUUUCAGAGCUUUGCAACACUCCUCCUGAAUAUGAUGUUAAGGCAGUAGAAAAACAUCCUGUUCGUACUCAACGAAAUGUUGUUUUCAAAGGUAGAAAGUCGUAUAUGCGCACACCUCCUAAACUACCCUCUUCCGUUGUCUACCCAUUCACCUUCAUCAAACCAUGUGGUGUCCAUGGCGAUGUGACUCUGAAGGACAUAAACCAACGGCUGCAUACUCCACCAAAAUCGAAGCAAAACGAGCAAGACCCUACUGCUUCUUACCCCACAUCAGCAUUUUCUGGGAAGCCCGUUGUUGGGAAAACUAAAAUCCGCACAGAAGGUGGAGAAGGCAGCAUUACUAUUGUUAGGACCAAAGGUUAAUGUACCUUUCUCCUACUCUUUGAUGCCUGUUUCUGCUACCCACUGGAAGAAGCUAUAACAGAAGCUAACUUUAAAGUUAACAUUAUGCAUAGAGUUCAUAAUACAGCAUAUGAAUGCACCUGCAAAUUGUCUGUCUAGUGUAGCUGUCUUUACAUAUGAUCGAUGAUUUAGUAGUGUUUAAGGAUCUUCGCUCUUUAGAGGAAACGUUCGUACUUUCUACUGUGAAAAACAUGUGUUUAGUUCGUAUUUAUCGUCACUUGUGUGAUCCCUUUGUACUUAAUUGUGGAACUUUAACAUUGAAACCUUAUUACUUCCUUAA